GUCGCUUUUCAACGCGAAACAAGAUAUUUUAUUUGUCGGGUCUCGGCUGACUUCGAUUUUCGCACAAUUUGUGCCGAUGGGACCGACGACCGACGUCGAAGAGGGCCGCCAAUUCCUCGACGAGAGCCGACGCGCCAGCGAUCAUGACGAGAACGACGACAAGCAAGCGUCGCCGGCCGAGCGGCCCUCGUCCUCGCUGCCGUUUUGCUAUGUCGAGCGAGCCUUCCACCGCGGCGAUUCUCUCGUGCUGCGGUCGCGGUCGCUCGUUUGUGGCAUGGGCCCGCGCUGGUGCUCUGUGGGCCCGCACUGGCCGCUGCUCUUUGUAACGUUUGGGCUCCUCAGCGUCUUUGCGCUCUUCACUGUCCAUGUCGUGUGGAGCAACGACCAAGUGUCGUCGUCCGAGGCGUGGGGCGGCCUCUGCCUCUGCCUCGGGUCGCUCCUCGCGUAUGCGCUCACGGCGUGCACGGAUCCUGGUGUCGUGCCCAUUUCGCUCGAGCCGCAGCACCCGAGCGAUACGUACUGCGACUACUGUGCGUCGUACCGUCCAGCGAGCGCGAGCCACUGCUCGGACUGCAAGGUGUGCGUCCUCGAGUACGACCACCACUGUCCGUGGACCGGCAAGUGCAUUGGGAAGCGCAACCUGACGUACUUUUACCUCUGGCUCUUCUCGCUCGUCUUCUCGUUCGUGUACGAGAUGAUCCAGCUCACGACGUAUUUAUUGCCACCGCCAGUGCCUCACCACACGCCGUAGUAACCUGUAGAUACCGCAAUGCUAGUACAGACGUGGUUGACUCGCCGCUUUCGACUCUGGCAAAUGCGAGACCGACUGAACUUCAGUCGCAACCAAGAUACCUUCAGUCUGAAGGUCCCGCUGCACUGCAGAUGUCGACGUAGAUUCAAGUAGAGAUGGCU